AUGGCCAGCGACGAGGCAAUCAGACCGAUCGACAUCGCAUCCGAAGGGUCCGUAGACAAGUUUAAGAACGAGGUGAUGGUUACCGCUACUGCUAUCGAAUCGUCCGACUCUCCCAAGCAGCGUCCUACCAUCCAACUAAAGGGCCGCCGAAGAACAUCUUCCUCUUCGGGCUCACCAGAGCAAACGAAUGCAUAUACUGAGAACACCGAUGAUUCUCUCACACAGAUCGGCAACCUCAUCAAGAAGAUCCAUGGCUUUUCCAUUAUUACCCGUCACGCACUUUACGUGCUGCCAGUAGCGACACUUCUGGUCAUACCUCUUGCACUUUUCGAUACUGUGUACAAGGAUGCCCGGGCAGGCAAUAUCCGACUCCUCGGUCUAAUUAUCUGGCUAGAGGUCGUCUGGGUCGGUCUCUGGGUCUGCAAGCUGCUUGCGAAAGUGCUUCCUGUGGUCUUCCAGGCCGCAUGUGGACUAGUCAGUACCGGCAUCAGAAAGUACUCGCUUGUACUCAUGGCUCUUAAGAUUCCACUGAGCUUGUUCCUCUCUUCCAUUGCAAAUUGGGUCACUCUCCCUGUCAUCUGCUCUUUCGAUCAGGGCCACUGUGGUGAGAAAUGGGUGACGACACUCCACACUGUCUGUCUUGCCACCAUCGCUGUCUCUGCCGUCUUCUUAGUCGAGAAAUUCUUCGUACAACUCAUCAGUAUCAACUAUCACCGCAAACAACACGACAGAAAGAUCAGGGACUCCAAGAGAUUGGACAUUAUGUACGAAGCUUCUCGUCAGCUAUCACCACCAUUUUCUCGCGAGUUUGCUGAUCUCGACUACGACAUCUUCUACCCCGACACUUCAGGGAUCAAGAAGAAGCUUGGUCAAGCAGGCAUUCGCACUACUGUCAUCAACGACAUCGGACGAGCAAGGGACAAAGUCACAUCAGCAUUCGGUAACAUCGCGUCGGAAAUCUCUGGCAAGGCCAUCUUCAAUCCAAAUUCCGCACACUCCAUUGUCAUCGGAGCACUGGAGACUCGUCGCGCGUCCAAAGCAUUGGCACGUCGUCUUUGGCUGAGCUUCGUACCUGAAGGUAAAGAUGUGCUGCUUGUCCAAGACAUUCGCGACGUCCUCGGACCUAGUCAAGCUGAAGAGGCAGACGAGAUCUUUAAUGCCCUCGACAAGGACUGCAAUGGCGACGUUAGUCUGGACGAGAUGAUCAUGCUUGUCAUGGAAGUCGGUCUGGAACGCAAGAAUCGAGCUUCUAGUAUGCACGACAUCAGUCAAGCGAUUGGAGUCCUCGAUCGUAUGCUCGUUGUUGUCGUCUUCAUCGCUAUUGCUUUCAUCUACGCCGCUUUGUUCAGCAAGACACUGGCUACAAAGACGGCUCAACUUUGGUCUGUACAUACUGGCCUGGCGUUCGCAAUCGGAGGUACAGUGACUGAAUUCCUCAGCUGCUGCAUCUAUCUCUUCGUCAAGCACCCUUACGAUGUCGGCGACCGCGUCGAUAUCGACAAGACUGAGCUCACCGUCGAGCACAUCUCCCUCAUGUAUAGUGUCUUCCGCCGCGUUGAUAACGACAAGACCGUCCAGAUCUCUCACAUUGUCGCAAACGGCCACUGGAUCGAGAAUGUGUCUCGAAGCAAGGCCAUGAAGGAACGCAUCACUCUGGACGUCUCCGCAGCAACGAAAUCGGCAGAUCUCAACGCCCUACGUGUCGAGCUGGAAGUAUUUGUGAGAGCUCCUGACAAUGCUCGAGAUUACCAACCGGUCUUGAUGCUGAAGUCGUUGGUGUCGGCAAUCUCAAUCAUCUUGAACUUAUGA